UGCCCCCAUCCAGCAGGUAAGAGUUUGAUGGGGUUGCGCGGCAGGUCGAGAACGUCCAAGCCCAUCCGCAAGAGAGCUACGCAACCACAAGGCUCUAACCAUCAGUGCUCUCGCUUGAAAUUAUAGAGGACACACUCGAAAAUCAUCUCAAUCCGACUUUAGCUCUUCUUCAAUCUCGAUCCCUCUUCAUCCAGCUUCGAUUACGUGUUCAUUGUUCUCCGAUACGGAUCCUACCAUCUGCAAUUUUGACUGGAAACUUCAUUUAACUGUCCAUGAAGUCAGGUUAAAAAAAAUAUAUAGAGUAGUCAAAUUUUGUGCGUGAAUACAGUGUGUGUGUUUACAAUAACAACAAACAAGAAAGAGCUUUGCUUUAUUUUAAUUCGGCCGGAAGAGGAUGCGUUUGCCCAGAGAUUCCGUUGGCGUCCCAGUAGCAGCAUCUCUUCGCCCAUCUUCAUCCUCACCGUCCUUGUCCUCUUGCAAACUGGUAGGCAACAAAGAAAACGUCCAGCCUCCGGAAGGGAGUGGUGGCGGCGGCAGCAGCAGCAGCAGCGAAUCUUCCACAGCAGCCAAUCUACUUUGGCUUUUGGAUUUCCGGUUGGACAAUCUUUUGCCCAAUGAUGGAAACAUCGCCGACAAGAUGGCUCACGUCCAAGUGAAUAAAGAAACAGGAGAUUCAGUGGCGGCAAACAGCGGUAGCAGCGGAGGAUCGGCCGGAAGAAGCGGAGGUUCCGGCGCGUCGCCACCAGCCGUCAAGCCUCCUUACACCUACACCGAGCUCAUUGAACAAGCUCUCAGCGAGAAGGGUCCUCUAACAGUCGCCGAAAUUUACCGAUGGAUUUCAGAGAGAUUCCCGUAUUUUAAAGCCAACGAUGACCGCUGGAAGAACUCCGUCCGUCACAACUUAUCCAUCAGCCCACACUUUAGGAAGAGCGUUAAAGCACGAACGGGCACGGGUCAUUUGUGGACGUUGGCCCUGCCCCCUUCCGCCCGGACCAUUGCCGCUAAUCUCGCGCAAAAAGCCAAAGAAAACAACGUCCAGUCAGAGGAAGUUCAGGAUGAAGUGGCUAGAGCUUGUAUGGAACUACUUCGCGCAGAGGGAUCACCAGCCGUUCAGACGACCGAAUACGAGCCACAACAGCAGGAUGGACGUAACAGUCCGUUGACAUUCGAAAGAGCUGCCGAGCUGAUGCUCGCCGAGAGCGGCAACGGCAAUUGUGAAGGUCGUGUUCACGUGGAAUUUCUUGCACGACCUCUACAACUGUUAGCUCACAUGGAAAAUGGCUCUUGCUCUCCAGAGUUUUUGAAUCCUAUUCCUCGUGAUGAAUUGAUGGAAGAAUCUGGAUUAUUCUCUAUAGAAGAUCCUUUCAAUUCUGAAAUGGAGGAUCCCCAUCAGAAUAACCAGUGUCAAAUUCAAGUGGUAACGGACGAUAACCAGAUGCAGACGGAAGAAGUCAAUUUUGACGCGUUCCCGCACGCGGUCAACGAUGCUACUAGCAUGCUGUUUGGUGAUGACUAUCCCCUCUCAUAUUCCUACGAGAUUCUAUGAACACUAUAUGACGAGCGCCCUAAAUCGAGAUAUUAAUAAUGUUUCAAUGUGCAACUUGGCAGGAGCAUGUCACCUGUUUUUUAUUUUUAUUGUGUUCUAUUUCUAGUCAAACUAUCAUGGAGCUCCUACUUUUUCUAUCAUAGGACAGUAACGUCUCUUUGGUUUUUGGUUCUCCUUUUUCUUACUAGCUUGAUCUUGUGUAAAAGUGAAUUUGUCAAUAAAAAAGAGAAAGCA